GAGAGCACAAGCGAAACCAGCAGUUGGUCAACCGCUCCGUCGAUCAUCGCGCAACCGCUCGUCAAAACCACAAAGGUCAGUUCAGGAGCUAUUGCUGAUUAUGUUGAUCCAUCCACUGAUUUCGCAUGCUUGGUAAAUGAUCCUGAUAUUUGUAUAUACAGUGGCAGUGAUUAUAGGAUAUGUUUCAGUAACACCAUAGAUCCCACUUUGAGUAAAAAGAUCAUGAGAUUCUUUGAACAAACAGGCAGGGCUACGCUAGACAAGGCCGAUUGUACGGUUUUUGUGGUACCAAAUGAAGAGAAGCGCACUGCUAGCUCUUAUUGUAUGCAGUUCUCUGGAAAGGACGUUAUUGAUUUGAAAGCCGCGGAAGAAUUUACCAAGCCGCAAGCAUUCAUAAGCUACAAGGCUAGAUACGCGGUGAAUGACCGAGACGCGAUCAAGUCAAUGAAAGAACAGCGUAUCUACUUUAGUCGAAAGUUUGGGUUCACGUCUGGAGACCUUGAAAUAAUCCAAAAGGGUCCUUUGGGUAGCUGCGAGAUUGUGAAAGAUCCUUUAUCUGUGGAUGAGGAUACUCUUGUGGUGAUUCCGGAUGAACAAAACCAAAGCAGUGAACACGGUGACAAAGAUGAGCAAGGGGACGAUGAACACUUUGAUGAUGGAUGUAAAAUUGAACUCGCAGCAGAUUUCAUAGAUCGUUUGAGCUGUUAGGAUAUCUUUACCGCUUAUAUUGUACGUUUUAUACAGAUACAUAUAUUUAAGAAUCCAUAUGUAUAAAAUUAUUCUUCCGCAUCGGAAGAUGACGAUAAAGAAAGGCUU